AUGGCAAGAAGCCUGGAAGCACCGCAGCCUCCACCAUCGUUCACAAAUAUCUACAAAGCAGACAACCAAGCAGUGUUGUGUCCACAAUUCGAAACAUACGACCCUCUUGGAGUUUCCAGUGACAAUGAAGACUGCCUUAUCCUUAACGUCUUCACUCCAACAUUCGUCAAUACCACUUGCCCUGUCAUGGUUUUCCUACAUGGAGGCGAUUUCGGCGUAGGAUCCUCUUCACCUAUCUUCUACGGGCCCCAAUACCUCAUCAGCCACGGAGUGAUAGUGGUAACAGUAAACUACCGACUUAAUGCUUAUGGUUUUCUCAAUCUGGGUAUUCCUGAGGCUCCUGGAAAUGCUGGGCUAAAGGAUAUCAGAGCAGCUUUGAGAUGGGUUCAAGAAAAUAUCGGUUACUUCAAAGGAGACCCAGAUAAUGUAACAGUAUUUGGACAAGGCAGUGGUGGUAUAGCAGCAAUAUACCUCACAAUGUCUGAGAGUACUAAAGGACUGUUCCAUAAGAUCAUAUCAGAGAGUGGGGCGCCAUUCUCCCCUCGAUCUUUCGAUCAUGAGCCUUUAGCAACUGCUAGUCAAGUUGCCAAAUCUUUAAGCCUGAAAACAUUAGACCCAAAAGCACUGUUGAAGCUCUAUUCCGAAACCCCAGUUGCUAAAGUAGAAGAAGCUAUUGAGAAGCAGAUGCACGCAAAAUCUGUCUUUCUCCCAUCCGUAGAAGAAGUAUUCGAUGACGAAGAACCUUUCCUAACUGACACUCCAUUCAAUAUCUUGACGAAAAACACAGGUUUCUUUCCAGUUCCAGCGAUUGUUGGCAUCAAUACCGUAGAAGGUUUAUCCAGCAUUUUGGAUUACAACACUGUCAGUAGUCAAAUGGAUAGAAUAGCCAAUGAAGAUUUCUCAACUUUAGACCAAAAGAACUUUAUUGUACCGUACGAUGAAAAGAAAGAAUUCAGAACAUUGCUCAAAGAAACCUUUUUUACGAAUAUAACAUCUGAUGAAGCGAUAGUUGGUGGUUUAAUAAACUUGAACACAGAUUUCUGCUAUUCGGGACCUAUGUAUCUCUUUUCAGAACUCUACGCGAAUCAUAGCGAUAUAUACCAGUACAUUUUUAGCUAUGUUGGCAACAGGAAUCUCGGUAGAAUCCUGACAAAUGCUAGUAUAGAUGCGACCGGUAAUACAGACGAGUUGUUUUAUAUCUUCGAACUAGACAGACUUCCCUUGAUCAUGGAUGAGAAUGAUGCCAGAAUUGUGACCUUCAUGACAAUGAUGUGGACCAAUUUCGCGAAGUACGGUUCUCCAACACCAGACACUACAGAAGGAUCCUGGCUACCGUAUCCUCAUCAGCUAGCGAUUAGCUUGGAGCCCCAGUACGUCGCGCCUCUAACGCCUGAGAGAACGGAGUUUUGGCGCACACUCUUUUUCAAAUAUGGCGCCGAGAUUACUAAUUGACAUUUUCUUUGAC